UCGUCGGACGACGACCCAAUUUCUUCAUAUAUGACCGAAAACACACCAGAAAAUAGAGCAACACGAAUUAGAAAUCUUUUAAGAACCGAUCAUCUCAAUGCAGAAGAACGUAAACAUGUAUUCAACAUCGUCGACGAAUUUUCAGACAGAUUUUACUUGCCUGGAGACAAACUAGGAGAAGUACCGAAUUUUUACCAUUCAAUUCAUACAACAGAUGACGUACCGAUUAAUACAAGACAAUACCGAUAUCCACCAGUACACCAAGACGAAAUACAACGUCAAGUAAAGGCUCUGUUAUUACAAGGAGUCAUACAGCCAUCUAGUUCACCAUAUAAUUCUCCGUUAUGGAUUGUACCAAAGAAACCAGACGCUAAGGGCAAUAAGCGUUGGCGUAUGGUAAUCGAUUUCCGAGCCUUAAACGAAAAGACUUUGAGUGAUAAAUUUCCUUUGCCGAAUAUCACCGAAAUUCUAGAUAAAUUGGGAGGAGCAAAAUAUUUCACAAUUUUUGAUAUAGCAAAUGGAUUUCAUCAAGUUCAAAUGGAUCCUAAGGAUUGUCCGAAAACAGCAUUCACAACACCGGAUGGGCAUUUUGAAUUUGUACGCAUGCCAUUUGGUUUAAAAAAUGCACCACCGACAUUUCAACGCUUAAUGAAUCAAGUUAUAUCUGGUCUAGAGAACGCUCAUGUAUUCAUAGACGAUAUGGUUGUUUUCUCUUCAUCACUACGAGAACAUGAAAUAAAAGUAAAAAAAUUACUCAAUCGGCUCAGAGAAUUUGGACUUACACUGCAGAUUGAUAAAUGCGAAUUCUUACGUAAGGAGGUUACUUAUUUAGGACACAUUUUAACAGAAAAUGGUGUUAAGCCAGAUCCUCGUAAAUUACAAGCUGUAAAAGAAUUUCCCAUUCCUAAAACACAGAAAAAUGUCCAGCAGUUCUUGGGACUGACAGGAUAUUAUCGCCGUUUCAUAAAAGAUUAUUCUAUUAAAUCAAAACCAUUAGUUCAGUUAUUAGGUAAAGGAAUUCGUUUUAAGUGGACCGAAGACCAGCAAAAAAGUUUUGAAAAUUUACGCGACGAACUCUGUACACAACCAAUUUUACAAUAUCCGGAUUUUAAUCGACCAUUCAUUGUUACCACUGACGCAUCAGAUUACGCAAUUGGAGCUGUACUUAGUCAAGGAGAAAUAGGAAACGAUCUACCAAUUGCCUACGCAUCUCGUACCUUAAAUAAAGCCGAAAGGAAUUAUUCUGCUACAGAAAAGGAAUGUCUUGCAAUGGUUUACGCAGUACAAUAUUUCAGACCGUAUCUUUAUGGAACAAAAUUCACACUCGUCACAGAUCACCGACCGUUAGUCUGGUUACACUCUGUCAAGGAUCCGACAUCACGACUUAUGAAGUGGAGACUCAGACUCUUAGAGUACGAAUAUCAGGUUAUCCAUAAAGCAGGAAAGACGAACAAGAACGCAGACGCAUUAUCACGUAACCCAGUACCAUCUUGCUUACCACUUAUACCCCGAGAUCCUCAAGACCCCGAUUACAAGCACAUAGGACAGAAACCAGAAAUCGACACGGAUUCCAUAGGAUUUCGUGUGCGGCAACUACAAAGGGACAGGGAAAGGAGACCGAAAUAUCAAGAGGAAAACACUAGCUCUGAUGAAGAACCAGCCCGUGGGAAGGUUCAACAUUCUCCAAUAGCAGAUAGACCGAGAGUCUUACCUAACUUAUCGCACGAGAUAAGUAUGCCAGAUGAACACAUGGAAACAAUAAACUUUCAUCCGCAAGCAAAUUCUACUAAAAUCACAUCGACAGAAGAAGACGUAAACUUGAUUUCAUUCGAAGAACCAUCAGAAAAUACCAUUACGGAAAACACGAUAAUCGCAAACCCGCAACAGGAUUUACUUAACCAUACACCAUUAUCACUUGUAACAAAUGAGGGAAUUUUACAACCACAACCUGUUAACGAAACAAUAGGAACGGCAAUCCAGCAACCACAGGAAAACUUUGACCGUACCGUUGACCCUUAUCCGUUCACACUUCUUGACACAGACACUCUUUCCACGGAGGGAGAUGACCUGCGAAGAAAAGUGCAACCUUCACAGACACUUGAGGUUAUUAUCUCUCCAAACACCCUGACCACCGAGGAAGGUCAUUACGCACAUUUCAUACCUGCGGACUGUAAAUUGGUAACCCCCAUUGGAAAACUGUUACUGGACACAGAAGCAAUAGAUUUACAACAGCUCAUGUCAAAGAAACCGCAGAAAGGAGACGUAAUAGAAUCAGCAAAUGGCUCAUACAAAGUUUACAGUAUAAUAAUAUCAGAUAAUUUUUACGACACCAUUAAAAGUGAAGAUAUACUAAACGGACUACAAACACUGAAACAGCAUUUAGAUCAAAAUCCAAUUAAAUCAUUUAGAAUAUCAGCAGUCGGAGAUUUUCAUAAAUUACCAACCAAUGAAUUAACUAAAUUAAUAAAGGACGUUUUCAACGGUACAACACAGAAAAUCAUCAUAUGCAAUUGUUCAACGAUUACACCAUCAGAAGAAGAUCGAUUACAAAUAAUUCGCGAAGCUCACGACAGUUUGAUAGGAGGACAUAAAGGAGUCACAAAAACAUAUAAACGCAUCAGAGCGAAAUAUCAAUGGCCAGAAAUGCACAACGAAAUACGAAAUUAUAUCAGGAAAUGUCCAAGCUGUCAAGAAGAGAAAUUAGUUAGAGCAAAAACUCGUCAACCAAUGUUAAUUACCGAUACCCCGAUAGAACCAUUUGAUAAAGUUGCUUUAGACACCGUAGGACCUUUACCUUUAACGCCUAGCGGAAAUAAAUACAUUCUCACAAUGCAAGAUUGUUUAACGAAAUAUUGUAUAGCAGUAGCAAUACCAAACAUUAGAGCAGCCACAAUAGCAGACGCUUUCGCGAGACAUUUUAUUGCCAUAUAUGGAACACCACGAGCAAUAUUAACAGACAAGGGAACUAGUUUUAUCGGAAGCUUAAUGAAAAAUCUUUCAGAAAUAUUCAAAAUCAAACAAAUCACAACUUCUGGAUACAGACCACAAACUAAUGGAUCACUAGAACGAAGUCAUAUAGUACUAACAGAAUAUCUUAAACAUUACAUGGAUAAUUAUGAAGAUUGGGACCUAUUAAUACCAUUUGCCAUGUUUUCUUAUAAUACUUCCGUACAUGAAGCAACAAAUUUCUCUCCAUAUGAAUUAAUAUUUGGAAAACCAGCCCGUGAACCAAGUUCGUUUCCAACUGGCGAAAGGUUAAAAUCAUAUGGCGACUAUUUAACAGAAUUAAUAACUCAUACUAUAAAAAUCCGCAACAUAGCAGCCGAUAAUUUGAUUGCCUCCAAGCACCGUUCGAAGAAGUACUAUGAUAAACAUUCCCGACCGGUAGAAUUCAAUGUAGGCGAUUAUGCUUAUGCAUUGCUAGAACCACGAAUUAGUAUCUUUGAUCCUACUAUUAAUAAUUGGGACAAUAAUAAAAAGUAAUAUACACAAAAUCAUUAAUAAACUAAA